AUGGAUUUCGCACCCUACCAAGAUCAAUCACCCGAAACAAAUCGAGCCCUCUCACCUCCACCUAUCGAAGGCCGACGCUCUUUCUCCCCUCGGCGCUCGUUCUCUCCAGCACUUCCCUCUCCUACCAAUGCGCCCAAGGCCACAGCAAACCCAUGGCGAGCAUCUAUAGACGAGACGGUCUCACCACAAGGUUUCGGAAAUACUAGUACCGGGGCAGGAGAUAUUGAGAGCGGUCGGGGGAGACUGAAUGAGUUCGAGACAAGUCUUCCUAUCCGGCUGGACUUUGAGGCAUGUCUGGCAUAUAUACUGCUGCCUCCUGCAGGUGGAGUGCUGCUGCUGGUCAUGGAACACAAGAGCGAUUAUGUUAGAUUCCACGCUUGGCAAUCUUCGCUGCUUUUCUCGGCCAUGUUUGUCCUGCAUUUGAUAUUCUCGUGGUCGUCAUUUCUGUCAUGGGUCAUUUUAAUUGCGGAUCUGGGAAUGAUAGGUUACCUGACGAUGAGGGCAUAUCAGGAUGCGGAUACUCUCGACAGGUGCGAAGUGCCUUUCUUUGGCAGACUUGCGAGCAGUAUAUUGGACGAUGAGUGA